UAAGACUCCGAACACAAAAAAAAAAAAAAAACCACUUCAAGCAUUUGUUUGGUUACUAAUUUUCCUUUUCUCAUAUAUUUUCCAAGAAAACAGUUUGAAAUGGAAGAAAAUGGGUUUGCAGACUUAGAGAAGCAGAUGUUGCUUCUCCAUGAUGUUCAUGAAGAGAAACACUUCACGUCCAGUGAAGUCGUUCGUGACAUCAUCAUCGGUGUAUCGGACGGUCUCACCGUUCCGUUCGCCUUGGCGGCAGGUUUAUCCGGCGCCGAUGUUAGCUCCUCUAUCAUUCUCAUUGCUGGUGUUGCUGAAGUUGCUGCUGGUGCCAUUUCUAUGGGGCUCGGCGGGUAUCUCGCAGCAAAAAGUGAAGCGGACCAUUAUAUGAGAGAGCUAAAAAGAGAACAAGAUGAAAUCAUCACUGUCCCUGAAAUAGAGGCUGCUGAGGUUGCAGAGAUAUUGGCACAGUAUGGGGCAGAACCACAUGAAUAUGGGCCAGUGGUGAAUGCUUUAAGGAGAAACCCCGAAGCAUGGGUGGAUUUCAUGAUGAAGUUUGAACUAGGGCUGGAAAAGCCAGAUCCAAUGAGAGCACUACAGAGUGCAUUGACAAUAGCAAUUUCAUAUAUAAUGGGAGGAGUGGUUCCAUUGAUGCCAUACAUGGUGAUUCCAGCAGCAGAUGAAGCUGUGGUAGCAUCAGUAAUAUUGACAAUAGUAGCAUUGCUGAUAUUUGGUUUUGCCAAGGGAUAUUUCACUGGUAGCCAACCCUUCAAGAGUGCCAUGCAGACUGCUUUAAUUGGUGCCAUUGCUUCUGCAGCUGCUUAUAGUAUUGCUAAGGUUUUCAGAGCUUAAUUAUUAAGAUAUAUAUAUAUAUAUAUAUAUAUGUAUCUUAAUUUCUCUUUUAUUUUUCUUGUCUUUUUUAACUUGAUUUUCUAUUUAGGAGAACGGGAUAGUGCGGUGUUUGGAUUAACUAGUGAAGUAAUGUUGCUUUGUACUUUUUACCUAGUUAAUUAAUAUAUAUAUAUAUAUAUAUUUAAUUUCAUAAGCAA